ACAAGGUGAAAUACUAUUUGUUACUUCAUUACUGAAAAUGUUGUCAUGUUAACAUAACAAGAGAACCGCAUAACGGAUGCCAACGUUCGGCUGCAGGUACAGAUUUGAAUAAAUGAAAGAUUGUCAGAAUUUUUUUUAAGAGGUCACAGUGACAUGUGACCUUUGACCUAGUGACCCAAAUAUGGAUGUGGCGUGUAGAAAUCAUCAAGGUGCAGCUACAUAUAAAGUUUCAAUGUUGUAGAUGGAAGCACUUUCAUUUUAGAACCAAUGUUCAAAAGUUUAACAAAAUUUUAAGGUUUUAGCACGACGCGGACGACACGAUACAGCAAGCUGGUUAUGACAAUACAUUGGAUUUUCUCCGAAAACAGCCGAGCUAAAAAUACAUGAGCACAUUUAUGUACUCUCAAAAAGUCAUGUGGCAUUUUACUUGGCUAUAGCAUUUUAUUAUUGUUUAUGCAGAGAUUUCCAGGGUAACCAAGAAUGAGAUGUGGGCUGAAGUUGCAGAAAUGUUCUCUGCAAAUACCACUGGUCCACAUCGCACAGCAGACCAGCUUGAAAAAAAAUGGGAAAACAAUGUCUCCAAGCACAGGGGAUAUAUAAUGAUCACCAGCGCCUGCUAAGUUUGACUGGAAGUGCUCCCUUCCAGUCAAAAUAUGAUAUUAUAACUGAGUCCGUCAUGGCAGUUGUUGGAAAGGAGAGUGCGGCUGUGCAAGGCGUUGCCCCAUUCACCCUGGAUACAACCUUUAUCCAGUUGACAGACACAAGUCAAGCAACAACAGUUGAACCACCAUCACCUGCACCGCCACAACAAUGUGACAACAGAGCUGUGAAAAGAAGACUCGAUACAAAUGGGGAACAUGCUGUUUCUGCAGUCAAACCAGCUACCACAUGUCUGAACGAACUGAAUGUUCUGAAGAAGAGAAAGAUGGAACUACAAAUUAGACUGUACAAGGCCCAGUUGGCGCGACUUGGCGAAGAAUAA